AUGGCCAUCCGGCACAUUCGCCCAGCGAGACUCAUUCUCACGGCGCUGCUGAUCGUCAUCACGUUGGUUGUCUUCUUCCACCACGAUCGAAUAGAAGAAGAAUUGAGCAAUAUUGACCUCGACCUCCCUCUCGAGGCUCUCGGACUUGAGCACGAGGAGAGCCCAGUCCCUGUCAUCGACGAGGACGACUCUCCCAUUUUCAAUGCUUCCUUGUACCGCAAGCUCUACUCACUUUCGACCCCGGAUCGCCAGUACUUCCGCAUAGACUGGGGGGACGGGCUCAGGGCAUACAAUCCCAACAUCAUCCCUCAUCCUACUCAGCCUGAUGCAUACAUUGUGGCCGGGCUUCAAGUCAAGAUCCAAGAAGGCAUCUUCGACAACUCCGAAAUAGCAUGUACCGCCAAGUUCAUCGACGGCACUCUCAAAUGUAUAGACACCGCCACUCCGUUACCCAUUGAGAGGACUGAAGGACACUGCCCGGGCGACCUGGUUUUCCACAAUCUACGAGGCGGUCCCCGCGAUGCUCGCAUGUUCUACGGCCCUGAUGCGGCCUAUGUCAUGUAUGGCACAUUAGCCGAGCGCAGCUGUCUCGGCCUGUUCCUGCAGGACCUCAGUGUCUUGAGAGACGACGUGUUUGACUCGAAAGGGGCGAGCUUUCAGGUCGGCACCGAACUACAACGGCCUCCACCGUACGGUAUCAUGCAGAAGAACUGGUUCUUGUUCUGGGACCCCGAAGGCAGGAUGUACGCUCACCAAGACAUCUACCCUUCGCGGACAUUUGCUGCACUAUCUCUGAGUGGCUCAGCUGGGCGCGACCUGUCGGGGAGCAUGGCAUACCACGAUUCCGCCUGCAUGGCGCGUCACAUGCCGGCCCUCAAGGCGGACGAAACUAUUCAUCAAGCCACGAACUCGCUUUCGAUCACAUUGUGCAAGCGUGCCGAUCGCUGGUGCAGCCCAAACGAUGACAACACAUUCCUGAUGACCAUUGUGCAUCAUCAAAUGUUCCACGAUUGGCACGCUCAGUACUAUGGGCAUGUUGUCCUGUUCAAGCGCAACGCGCCAUUUGAGUUGCACGCCAUCUCGCAGAAGGGGCUCUGGAUCAACGGUAAAAAGCCACACAGCUGCGGCAUGGAGUCCAUGCUCGUGAGCGGCUGCGGGAUCGAGAACCACGACGAGCUGUUCUACAUGACUAGCAUGAGUUGGGCGAACCAGAACCAGACGUACCAUGGGUACAUUGAUGACCCGCUACUUCUUGCGAUUGGAAUCGAGGAUGUGAGGUCCGGAGGUAUAGACGUACUUGCGGGCGAUUUGCUGCAAGAUCUCGCAUUUUGUGACACGCCGAAAAAGGUGAAGAGCCAGUCAUAG